CAGGCGCUCUACAAUUUAGUUUCUAAAAAGUCCGCUACGCACCUCCUGGAGCCUCCACUAUUUUUGAUCAAAAAGUGAGAUAGUGGUACCUGUGUAAAAAAAAGUCAAAAGUCAGUGGAAUGGUAUAAGAAAGUCUCACGAAAGGACAAGUAACUGAAGACUAAAUGGAUUGUGUGAAAUAAUUUGAAAGCAUGAUGGACCGUUUGUCAUUUGAAGGGAAACAAAUAGACGAUGUGUUUUAGGUUAAGUCUCGGUGAAAUUGCGAUUCUCGUGCGAUAUUUUAUUUUCGAAGAAGAUAUAAAAGAUUCUGUUAUUGCGAUUAAGCCACGUGGAUAAUUAAUCGCAUAAAUCCAUGUAUACGUGCGUACGUCUAUGUAGAAACGUUGAUUGGAAGCGCAUUUUGCGCUGCAAAGUUGCUCUCAAAAUUCCUAUCUAGUGUUGAUACCACUAUUUUUCUAUUAUGAAGAGACGACAGAGGAGGCCAGUCCUCACGCUUAAUAAGUCGCACAGCAACUACCACGUUGAACACACGCAAAACAGGUGUAAGCCAGCAGUGAGCAGUGUACAACCGGUGCAGAAUGAAUCGAAUAAUAAUCCUUUGGCCAAUUUACUGUGUCAGUACAAUUCCGACAGUGAUACAGAAGAUUCCAAGAAGGAUACUCAGAAAUUGGACGAUCAAGUCAACGACUUCUUUAAGGAAAUUCAACUUAUUGUACCGGAACAACCUGCCUCGAAUGCCACUAACAAUCCAAAUGUAACAUCCAAGGCAACUUCGCAACCCGCACAUACGAGUCAACAUACGUUAUGGCAGGAGUGUUACGACCAGGCCACUGGUUACCCUUACUAUUGGCACAUUGAGACCAACGAUGUACAAUGGGACAUGCCGGAGGAAUUGCGCUUAAUGAGAAAACAGUCGGAGGUGGGAUCUGGAGUAAAAUCUUCCAUUCAGGGAUCUCAUUGGGUGGACUUUUCAUCCAUCGCGUAUCGUCAGUCGCAGGCGAAUAUACCGGAAGGUAUGAUACCGCAGGAGGUGGUGGCGAGAAAUCGUAACAGAUUUCUGCACGAGACUCUCAAGAAAUCCAAUUCGGAGAGCAAACCGGAGAUUAAGAACGAGUCCCCCGCGAAAGACGACGAUUCGGACGAUGGUCGAAUAGAGAUGAUUACGUCUUUCGGUAGUGAUGGGAGCGACUCGGAGGAUGAGAAUUCCUCAGACGAGAAGAAGAUACCGAAGCAGAGUUCGUCAGAGUCAACCAAUUCCAAUUCUGUAUCGUAUCCAAAAAGUGGCAAGAUCGGGCCCGAAUUUUGUCCGAGAGAGAUGCAAUCGCCCACCAGGAAUUUGCCCCCGUACAAGCGUGACUUGAGCGUAUCUAAUUCGCCGAAUCAACCUGAGCAGUCUGACCAGCGAAAAACGGUUGAAUCCAAUGACAAAAGUUGCGCGGCGCAAGGAGAAAAGGAGUUUUCCAUGGAAAAUAAAAAAAAAAAAGAGAUCAAUGUGCAAAGCGCGAUGCCAAAGCUGGAUCUGAAGGUGUCCUUGGUGCCUGGUUACGGGGAUGAUUCCGACGGCGAGGAGGAAGUUAGACCGAAGCAGGAGAUGAAACCUCUGUUCCCGAUAUCGCAGGAUGAGGAGUACACGAGUGUAACGAAGUCGUUGAAAAAUGUCCACGACACUUUCGCGAAAGAUUCCAGCAACACACAGGGCGGUGAUCAUGGUAACGAUAGCGGCGGGGAUACUCAGGAGACGAAGGACGAUCACGAAAAAGCGGAGAAGAAGGAAUCGAAGUUCGACGAGGACAAAUCCAAAACGAAUAUAUUCCUCGAGGACAUGCAAGUGUGCGGCAAGGCCUUCCAAAGGAAGAAGCGAAUAGCAUUUGAUGUUACGUCCACUAAAGUCAAACGCAACAACGUUUAUCACGACAAUGCAGAUGAUAAUAACAGCGAUCUCGCAAGCAGUGAGACUACCUCGCGCAACACGGAGGACUGCGAUUAUCAGCUGACUACGGAAAAUCAGAAAGAAUCUGAUAAAGCAAGCGUGGAGGAGACGAAACAGUGCACUAGCGUUAAGCCCGAGGAUAAGCCUGAUUCCAAGGCUGAAUCGUGCGAGCAGGAAGUACCCGUGGAACAGAGCGCAGGACCGACCGCGGCCGAAGAAAGGGAUAACGGGGAAUUGAACGAUUUGGCUCAGAUCAUAGGAGAAAAAUUGAAGUUUCUAUCGGAGGGAAGAGAGAGCGUCUCUGCGGUUCAAACGAUGCAAAUACAACUACAAACGUUGUCUACUGCGUGGACGGCAGGUAGCUUAGAGGAAAGUUACUUUCAAAAGUGGUUGACUAGUACAAAUCAUGAAUUGGAAAGAUUAGAGCAAGAUGCAGCGCCAGAUGGUUGGCUGUGCCAGUGGGAUAGAUCGCAUAAGCGGUAUUACUAUCACAAUACAUCCACUGGGACGUCACAGUGGACUUAUCCAGACACCGGUAUUGCCGGUGGCACUGAGGAGAUGGAAUUGUGCACAACUCCUCCGCCACCAGAAUCGGAAGAGUUAUCAAUCACAGAAUCGCCGGGAACAAAGAAGGUGAGAGAGAAGCAGGCUGAAGAUACAGAUAUCAAAAUGGACGACGAAAACGCAGGAGAAAGACGUCCCAAGGAUGUAGAAGCACCACCUCCGCCACAGAUAUCUAAUCCGAGUCCACCACCGCCCCCGAGGAUAUUCGCGGAAGAUCUGAAAAAGGAUAAAAAGAAGAGGGAGAAACCUGACGAGAAAGUCUUUGACGUGAAGAGAAGACGCCUGGGAAAAGACAGAAUAACAAGCCUGGAAACAACUCAGGCGAUAAAUCCCGCCUUGGAGUCCCUGUCGUACGCGCAUCCACAGGCGGCUGUAUCACCUCAGACCUCGAUACCCUCGAAUCACGCGAGCAUGGAGCCCUUGCCACCGGGUGUGGACCUGCCGGACACAUCCUACGAAGCCGCUACUCUUAAAGGGAUAAUAUAUAAUGCGGCGUCGCAGCAAAGUAACGCGGCGAUUUACGCGUCUCCCAUCACCGAUCCGACGAUACCAAUUCUGAGCCAUCAGGCGGGCCUUUUGCAGGAGCCAUCUUUUGUCCAUUAUCCAGCCUUUCAUCAGCACCUGCAUAAUCAGACAAUCGCAGUCGCGAACAAACACGGUGGCCAGAGUGCGAUCCAAUUCAUGAUGGGAUACGCACCGAUCUACACGAACAAUAAAAUAAUCGCCAAACCGCCGGUGAAGGCCUCGAAGGAGUCCCUGGGAUCGGCCAUCAAUUCCUUCUACAACGACAUCGCGCGCAUCGAGAGAACGGAAACUGAGCGGACGGGGCAGCAUCAGGACGCUGUCGCAGCCACUACCUCCGCUGUGGCAACUACCACUGCUGCGGUAAUGGAACCAGCAUCCAUUCCAAGUGAGGAAACGAAGCUGGAAACUGAAUCGGAAACUACGUCCAGCGCAGAAACAACGACGAAGGAAAAGAAGAAGAAGAAGAUGGCGAGAAUCGGCAUCAGCAAGAAGCACAAAGAGAUGUCGAAUAUGGUGGCCAAAUGGCAGAGGGUACAAAAAAAUCUAGAAGAUGCCGUGUAAAUAAUAGAGAUCGAGUGAAUAAGACAAUGAAUUAUAGCACGAUAAUAUUGUAUAGCUCAGUGAUUUCGGCAGUUUCGUUGUACAUACAUGCAUUGUGUUAGACACAUUUUUCUUUAUUGUGAGAUCUUCCUUUUUUUUAUGUACGUUCAAAAGGAUAUAACAAUUGUUUGCGACAAGAUCACUCAAACGUCAAACGCAGUACUUACUUCUCGCUUGACUGCUAUACGCAUGUUUUGCGAUUUGUCGCGCGGUUUUGUGAUAAUUUUCAUGAUUGAAGGAAACGAUCAUUUAUCAUUAUUUUACACAUUUGAAUAGUAGAAUUCAAAAGUAUGCGCGUAUUUUUAUAACUGAAUAGGCUGCUUUUUCAAUGCCGAAAGAGAUAUCGAAUCAGUGUAAAUGUGAAGAAGAAAAAUGUUUAAAAACUUGCAAGAAUUGUGAAGGAUAUGUAAUUGAAAGUCAAUUAUAUAGAAAAAUACAAUUAUUGCAGAAAAU